UGAACGCCACGUUUGUCCUUCUGCUUUCGUCUCUUCUGAUGGGCACCAGUUUUCUUCAGGAGGUAACCGAUGCAGACAAUUCUCAACCACGGGAAGCGAAGAGCGAGGCCGCCACCUACCUCUCAAACCAUCCUCUGCUGACUGGGGCGACGGCUGUCAGGGGCUGCAGGGAUCAGCGCCCUCAGCAUGCGGGGCAGUACCCCGAAGAGGACGAUCGAAUUGCAGACGACUAUCCGUUCCAGAGGCCUCGCAGGAGACCACAGAAUCCUCAGCCGGUCACCGACGGGCUACACGAGGACAGAGAGGAAUGUCAAGUGCGAUUUGGCCUCCACUACACCAGCUGUUUCUCCAAGUACAAGGACUUCGACGAUAAGUUUGGUGAACUUCGACAUCAUGUGCAGUCAUUGCCAAGAGGAAGCAGCGGAAAUAGCCCAUGCACUACUUUACAGCUAUUGGCAAAAGUGAAAUCCUCACCCAUAUUUGACCGUUGCCAUGGGAACCAAUACUUGCUUCGCACUCCUUACCACAUGUACAACGUGAAAGGUGAAUUGCGUUACAUCGUGCAAGAUCCUCCGAACUUGGAGCAGUGCUACUUGGAAGCCACAUGCAGCAUUCCGGACGACGUGUGCCGCAAUUACGGCUACCCCACGCCCACUGGCCGCAGGGGCAUGACGUCACGCUGCGAGUCCCGCCACUGCCACCACACCCUGCUGGCCUGGGACCCGGCCGCCCCUGACGCAGGCACCUUCUUCGACAUCUUCGAAUAUUCCUGCUGCUGCAAUUGUCACCACACGGCCGCCCCCAGGGACACAUCGAGAACGUAUGGCUGAUUCUGCAGGACUUUCUGUUCCAUAAGAAGCUGCCAUUUUAAGUAUGGAAUCAUGUCUUAUCACAUUUGUGGCACGUAGCUUGGUCAUGUAAUGUCAAGAAAAUAUGGCGCCAGUGCCUAUAAGUUCGAUAUCUGGUGAAAGAGAGAAGAAACAAGAGCUGUGGUGUGGUGAAUGUGAUGG